AUGCUAAACGCCCUCGAGGGAGACCGCCAACGAGAUGGGAUGACCUGUUCGCUACACGCUACGGAUGGACCAGCUGAGAGCUCAGCUGGAUGCGACUCAAAGACCUCGUCAACGUCACUCACGAAACUUGAGAACAUCUUGGAUGACAAUGGCGAGGGAAAGAAACGAGUGGAAGAGAUGCUGGGGCCCGCACGUCCAGUGAAGACGGGCCAUCUAAGUAUCCAAAUUCCUUACAUAAUCCAGGCGCAGCAACUGUCUCAGAACAAGACCAAAUUCUUUUCUUCUCCGUGGAGCGCACCAGCUUGGAUGAAGAGCAACGGCCACAUGAAGGGUGGAGGUGUGCUUAAAGGAAAGGAAGGAGGCGAGUACUACCAAACAUGGGCUAAUUACUUCGUAAGAUUCUUCGAAGAAUACCACAAAAACGGCAUCGAUUUCUGGGGACUCACCGUACAAAACGAACCGACUUCCGGCCUGAAUCCAGACUACGGCUGGCAAACCAUGUAUUUCAGUGCUGCUAUGGAGAGAGAUUUCGUCAAAAAUCAACUAGGUCCUGCGUUGAAAUCAUCUCCGUACGCUAAGGAUCUCAAAUUAAUGGUAAACGAUGAUCAACGAUACAACCUUCCGGAAUGGGCUGAUACGAUCUUAAACGACACCGAAGCUGCCAAGUACGUCUCCGGCAUUGCUGUACAUUGGUAUGAGGAUCUAGAAGUGCCAGCAGCAGUACUCACAACAACUCACCAACGCCAUCCUGAUUACUUUAUCUUGGCUUCUGAGGCAUGCAAUGGUUUUGAACCUCUGGAAGGCAGACCCAAUCUAGGAGACUGGGGUCGCGCUGAAACUUACGUAAACGACAUUAUAGCGGACAUAUCGAACUAUGUAUCCGGUUGGACAGACUGGAAUAUUUGUUUGGACAUGCAGGGUGGCCCCAACUGGGUGGGAAACUAUGUCGACUCGCCCAUAAUCAUAAAUGCUGCAAAGCAGGAGUAUUAUAAACAGCCAAUGUGGUACGCGAUGGGACAUUUCAGCAAAUUCGUGCCUCGAGACUCAAGCAGAAUCAAAUCAACGUUUAAAAACUCCGUACCAAAUGGAGUUAAACAAGUCGCAUUCGUUACCCCGGAUGGCUAUAAGGUUGUAGUUCUCGUCAAUUUAAACAGGGAAUCGUCAGCUAACAUAUCCAUAAACGAGGCCCAAAAUCCCAUGCUUUACUACAACGUUAUCUUGGAGCCGCACUCACUAGCGACAGUAAUAUUCAACUAA